GCCGAGAGAGUAAAGUUUCAGAGGUUACGAUAAUAUUAAUCAUACCUUCAGCAUGUCUUCCACUGGCGACACUCAAUCUCCUUCCUCAUCUCCCAACCUUCCAUCCAAGCGUAAGCUUGCCGAUCUAUUCACUUCCGUCCUUUUCCGACAUGUUUUCCGAUCAGAUUUUACAGUGAACCGCGGUCUCCUCCGCCUACUCGACCGUAAAGUACCUCCCUCCACCACUCGCGGCGUCGCCUCCUUCGACACCACACUCGAUUCUUCAUCCUCCGACCUCUGGCUUCGUGUUUAUAAUCCUCCCACAUGUUCCGAGUCCGAUCGUAUGCCUGUUAUCAUAUACUUCCACGGUGGAGGCUUUGUAUUCGGCUCCGCCGAUUCCCAGCAGAUCGACUCGUUCUCUCGCGAUUUUGCUCGCGAAAUCGGAGCCAUUGUCGUCUCCGUCAACUACCGCCUCGCGCCGGAGCACCGAUUUCCGAGCCCAUACGACGACGGAUUUCGCGUUCUGAAGGCAAUCGACGAAGGAUCGAUCGCCAAAAGUCUUCCAGAAAAUGCUGAUAUAAGCCGCUGUUUCAUCGCCGGCGAAAGCGCCGGAGGUAACAUCGUGCAUCACGUGACGGUGAGAGCGGCGAAAUAUGAGUUCAAGAGGCUUAGGAUCGCAGGUAUGAUUGCCAUACAGCCAUUUUUGGGAGGAGAAGAGCGGACACAAUCAGAGAUUCGAUUUGGGAGAGGCGGUGGACUGACUUUGGAAACAGCGGAUUGGUAUUGGAAGGCGUUUCUACCGAUCGGUUCGAGCCGGGAUCACCCGGCUGCUAACGUGGUUCGGUCCGGGUCCGAUGUUUCGGGGCUGAAAUUACCACCGGCGCUUGUUGUGAAUGGGGGCUUGGAUUUGUUAAGCGAUCGGAUCAAAGAGUACUGUGAGUGGCUGGAGAAAUCGGGUAAAGAGGUUCGGGUCGUGGAGUAUCCGAAUGGGAUUCAUGGGUUUAGUUGGUUUUCAGAUCUUCCGGAAUAUUCCAUGCUGAUGCAAGACGCCAGAGAAUUCACCAGAAGGGUCUUGUUAAAUUAAAUCCGAAUUAGUUAAAUGAAAUAAAAAAAAGAACCAAGAAACUUGCUGUUUUUGUUUUGUUUUCUUCUUGUUUCAUACACGUGGCGUACAAAUUUCAGGGAACGAAGUCUCUAGUACUUUUAGGAAGGCUAACAAAAUGGAUGUGUGGUAGUUUGUGAAACAAUAUUGUAGUCACGUAACAUCAUUAGAAGAAUUAUAAAUUGUGUGAUGCCUACCAAUAUUUUGGGAUUA